AUGGCUUGGCUUACCCUCUGCUUCCUAAAUGUCUUCUGGGCUGUGGCAGGAACCAGCACCCGAGCCCACAGCUCUUGCUCUGUCCCCCCAGAACAGCAGCCCUGGGUCGACGGCCUACAAGUGCUCAUGGAGAAGUCGGUGAUUGAGUCAGACUUCCCAAACCCCAGCAUCCUGAUUGCCAUGAACCUGGCUGGCACCUACAACCUGGAGGCCCAGAAGCUCCUGACUUACCAGCUCAUGGCUAGUGACAGUGCAGACCUGACAAGUGGGCAGCUCGCUCUCACCGUUAUGGCUCUGACUUCCUCCUGCCGAGACCCGGGAAGUAAAGUGUCCAUUCUGCAAAAGAAAAUGGAGAACUGGACACCUUCAAGCCCCGGUGCUGAAGCAUCAGCUUUCUAUGGACCUGGUCUGGCGAUCCUUGCACUGUGCCAGAAGAACUCAGAGGCAACCUUACCCAUCGCAGUACGCUUUGCUAAGACCCUGAUGAUGGAGUCCUCUCCUUUCAAUGUGGACACAGGAGCAGUAGCAACCUUGGCCCUGACCUGCAUGUACAACAGGAUUCCUGUGGGUUCUCAGGAAAACUACAGAGCCCUGUUUGGUCAGGCACUGAAGGCUAUUGUGGAGAAUAUCAGCUUGAAGAUCAAAGCUGAUGGCAUCAUCGGAGACAUCUACAGCACUGGCCUUGCCAUGCAGGCUCUCACUGUGACACCUGAGCAACCUACCAAGGAGUGGGACUGUGAGAAGACUAUGAAUACAAUACUCAAUGAGAUUAAGCAGGGGAAAUUCGAAAACCCCAUGUCCAUUGCCCAAAUUCUUCCCUCCUUGAAAGGCAAGACUUACCUAGAUGUGCCCCAAGUAACUUGUGGUUCUGAUCAUGAAGUACCACCAACCUCAACUGACUAUCCUACCCCAGUCCCCACCUCAUUAUCUAACAUCACUGUUGUAUACACCAUAAACAACCAGCUGAGGGGGGUUGAUCUGCUCUUCAAUGCGACCAUCAAGGUUAGUGUGAAAAGCGGAUCUGUGCUACUUGCUGUCCUAGAGGAAGCUCAGCGCAAAAACCCCAUGUUCAAAUUUGAAACCACAAUGACAUCUUGGGGCCUUAUUGUCUCUUCUAUCAACAAUAUUGCUGAAAAUGUUAAUCAUAAGACAUACUGGGAGUUUCUUAGUGGCAAAACACCUUUGGAUGAAGGGGUCGCUUACUAUAUCCCCUUCAACCAUGAGCACAUCACAGCCAACUUCACGCAGUACUGAGAAGUGUCUUCUGUUGCAUGUGGCCAACGGAUGAGGGGCUUUAUUUCUCACUUCACUUCAACUCUAUGCCAGAAAAAAGUGGAUGUUAACAAUGCUACUCAGUUCCUGAUA